AUGUCGAACGAACUAAGCGCGAAUGUUGAACUGAUCAAGCAACAUAUCGGCGAGUAUCCUGAUUUUCCGAAAAAAGGAAUUCUAUUUAAAGAUGUCUUUACCGCUUUGCGCCAUGGUGAAGUAUGCAAGGCCAUUAAAAACGUGCUCAUAUCGCACGUGCGCGAAAACUGCCCAGAUGUCCAGGUGAUAGUCGGUCUCGAAGCACGUGGCUUCUUGUUCAGUUUGCUCAUAGCCGCCGAGUUGGGCAUUGCGUCGGUUCCGAUAAGGAAAAAGGGCAAACUGCCGGGAUCAUGCGCUCAGCAAGAGUACAGCUUGGAGUAUGGAACCGACGUGUUUGAAAUUCAGAAGGGGAGCAUCGUGUCAGGACAGAAGGUCUUAAUCAUAGAUGAUCUGCUGGCAACCGGUGGCACGAUGGACGCAGCAAACAAACUGGUGCAGCAAAUUGGUGGCGUAGUAGAGCAGAACGUAGUCAUCAUAGAGCUUACUGCAUUAGGCGGCCGAAAGAAACUGGAAGUUUCCGGAUCGAAAGUACAUUCCUUUAUACAAUAUGAUGAUAUAGAAUGAUGUAGUUGUCGCGAUCGACGGGCAGUAAGCUAGAAGAACAGAAUCGAACGUCUGAAUUACCGUUUUGCAUGAUAUUGAAACGGAUGAACGUGAAAAAGACAUUUUUGUUGUUAGGUUAAGGAUGCGCUCCAUUCGUUGUUAUCAGUUUAAUAUUAGCUGUGCAAAUGUUCCCACUCGAUUAUGCAAUCAAUUUAGCCGAUCUGUCGUUAAAUCGCUCCAAAAA